AUGAACCAUAAAGACCCUAGCAGUAAGUUACAACGUUGGCAGCUUGAACUCUCGGAGUAUGACUAUAAUAUAAUCUACCGUAAAGGUCGACUCAAUUCUGCGGCAGAUGAUUUAUCACGAUAUCCUGUAAAUCCUAUACAGAGAGAUGGCUCCCCUUUAAACCUUGAUGAAAUUAGUCCAUUAAAUCCUGAUCAUCUUGUCGAUUUUGAACCCCUGAGUCCAGAUGCCAUUAUCUCUUCCGAAAUACAAAAUCCUGAUCUAAUGCCAGAUCAACGGCAUACUGAAUCUCCUAUAAAUGCACAACGAGUUUUAGAUGACUUAAUACAAUUAGGAGACUAG